AUAGCGCAACUACCACCGCUCGCACGGACGGGUAUCAUAAACAUCUCCCGAACACAUCAUCUUAUCCACGUUAAUAGCGUGCAGUAUCUUAUCGUUCUACAGUGCGCGAUCACUCACUUGACUAUAGCUGAUCCUACUGGUGCUUGAGGUGCGCCGUUUCAAGCGUAAUCUGCCCGAUCACAUGCCCCAUCACAUAAGAUGGCACGGGAAGAGUUCAACGUAGCGACAAUCGACUCGGCAGAAGGAUCCUUCAGUGCACAACAGUGGAGCAGCUACCUGGACGGUGGUGCCAGAGAUCGUGAGAAUGCUGGUAAACGCUUCGCAAGACGUACCGAAGGCUGCGGAUUUAGUGCCCUGUGCGUCGGCCUGUUGAUCGCGAUUGUAUUCGCAAUCGUGCUGCUGUGUGUCGGGUUCAUAGUGGUGUACGAAAACGAAGGACAGGUCGUCGCCACGGUGGACCUUUUCACCGAAGACUUGCCCCCAGAGCAAGCUGUUUGGUUUGACUCAAAUCUAGCCGAACUGCGCAAUGCAUUUCGCGUGGUGGAAGAGAACAAGAAACGUGCGAAAAAUGUCAUCCUGUUCGUAGCCCUGGACAGUGCGGUGCCGUCCUUUGGCGACUACCCGCGACCAAUCUGGGAAUCGUUUCCUCACCUAGCGUUGCUUCGACCGACGACGAUGGUGGAACGCACAGCACGUGCAUCAUUCAGUCCGACCUCCAUGUUCUGUGGCAUUGAAACCGGCUGGCACACGAUCGGGUUCGAUUCGGCCGUUAAGCCUUGGGAUACAUGCGUCAGCACGCCAAACAGCAGCAGCACGCAUCAUCAUCAUCAUCAUCAGGCCGCUUCGAUCUUGCAGUGGGCUCAAACCGUUGGCCGUCGCACCGGGGUGAUAACGAACGGGGAGAUCGUACAACCGUUCCCAGCUGCACUGUAUGCGCAUGCGGCUAAUGCUAGCUGGCUGCACGAUAGCCCAGACAUGCUGCUGUGCCCCGACGUGCGCUCGCAGCUACUGCGCGGACCGGUUGGCAAGAAGCUGAACGUGAUCGCUGGGAAGCUUACUUGUCCGGAUGAAUUUUGCCGGGAAGCGUUCGAAGCGGAAUGGGAAAAUGAGCGCCUGGUGGAAGGCACCAGCUAUAAAGUAGUGAACGAGUUGAGCGACCUGUUAGAUCCCACACUACAUGAUGCUGAGUAUAGUCUCGGAUUGUACGAUCAGUCAGCUCUGGCGGAAUCAACUGCUUUUCGCGAUUUGGUGGUAGGAGCUUUGAACGUGCUGGAAAGUCCGGAAGGAUUUGUGCUGGUUGCCAUUGCAGAUCCCUCAGACGCUCAGGUUGUUGUGCCAAGGGAGAUCGAUUCGGCGGUACGAGCAACACUCAAGAAGCUUAGCGGCGCUCUGGACGACAGUUUAAUCGUCGUGGUACGUUCUGACGUCCGGGAUGGAGAUGCUGGGUUUGCGACGGUGCACGCCAUUGGACCGAUGUCCCACCUGUUGCAUCGGGUGCACAACGAAACGUUCCUGGCGCAUUUCAUCUCGUACGCAGCACGCAUAGGGCGCUUCAGGGAUGCAGAUCUGACGAAUCUUAUACUACAAAUAGUGUGAAGAGCAUCAACGUCUUGCGAGAGUGCAAGGGGGGACGUUCGAUGCACGCCAGCCAAUGCCUAGUUUAAUGUGCAAAGGUAUAGAUAUUCUACUGUUAUAGUGCGUCCAAUUUUGUAUGCAGCAAUUAAUAAAUAAUCACUUUUAACA